AUGAUUAUUGGUUCUUUGAACAUUAGAGGGAGAGCAAAUGCGCUCAAAAGAAGGAGAAUUAGUUACUUGAUUAACAAAGGUUGUGCGGAUAUUUUCCUUUUGCAAGAAACUAAGAUUUCCAAUAUGGUGGAGGAUUAUGCUAAUAGUUUUUGGAGACACUCGGAGAUUGGUUUUUCCUUUGCCAACUCGGAAGGUAGGUCGGGUGGUUUGAUUACGAUGUGGAAGAAAAACAUCAUGGAUGUUUUGUUUAGUUUUAAGGGGGACGGGUAUUUGGGGUUAAAAGUUUGUUGGAAGGAGGACUUUUAUUAUGUGGUUAACGUGUACUCUUCUUGUGAUUUGUCUAAGAAGAAGGUUUUGUGGGAGAAAUUGUUAGACUUGAUGAGAAUUUACUCCGAUGGGGAAUGGAUAUUAGAGGGAGACUUUAAUGCUAUAAAGAAUGCUAGAGAACGUAAAGGGAGAGUGGGAGGGAGCUACAAGAAGGAGACGGAAUUUUUUGCCGAGUUCAUUCAUAAGAGCUCCUUGGUGGACAUUCCGUGUAAAGGGAAGAAAUUUUCGUGGUAUAGUGGUGAUGGCAAGUCUAUGAGUAGGAUUGACCGUUUCUUAAUUUCCAACGUGGUGGUGAAUCGGUGGGACAUAAUUGGUCAAUUGAUAGGCGAUAGAGAUAUUUCGGACCAUUGUCCUAUUUGGAUUAUGUCGGAUAAAUGUAAUUGGGGUCCGAAACCGUUCAAAUUCAAUAAUGAAUGGUGGGAGUUGAACCCACUCCCUUCAACUACAAGGUACAGCGCCUGCCCACUAAGCUAA